AUGACUAUAAGAGGACCCUGUCUCUCCUCAUCUCACACACCUCCAAUCAUCCAUCAUCUCAAGCAGGAUAACCAGACCUUCUCUGUUCCACGGCGACAUGACGACCACCACUACCAUGACAACCAGAGUCCUGAUGCUCCUUGCUAUGUUUGUCUGUGUGACCCUGGCGCAGCGCUCAGGCAGUCAACGCUGUCUCUGCCACAGGACAAGCAGCAGACUGCGCACCCAGCCCACAGAAGUGGAGGACAUCCAAAUCCACCCACCAGGAAACUCCUGUGACAGGAUUGAAUUUGUUGUGAGUCUGAAGAACGGUCUGCAGUACUGCCUGGACCCAAAAAUGAAGCUGGUUCAGAAGAUACUCAGAAGUUUCACGAACAAGCCCCUGCCCACCAGCCCACCUCAGCUUCCAGAGCAGCGCUGACUCUGAAACAUGACCUUGCUGUGACUCCCUCUGAGACUCUCCCUGCAUUUAAGGACGAGCAUUCUGUUAGCUGAAAGCCAAGGAUCUAAAAUCUUAAAGGAACUCAAUGGUUGUAUUUGUUUUCUUGUCAUUUCCCCCUUAGUAUUGUUUUACCAUUUUACAAUAUGCUCUUAUAAAGUCUGUCAUGUCUGUUACACACAUAAGCUAUGAGACAAUAAAGUUUCUUUUUAUAAA